AAGUGACUGGCGCUGUGGGGAGGAAUAGAAGGGGGGCAGUGACCAGCGUGUGUACAAAGGAGGAAACAGAGUGACCUCCCAGGAUUACAUAAACUCAUCGAGGCUGCCAAAAAGUUAGGACAGAUAGCCGUGUGGAAGUUAGGCUGGAGAGCCCUGCUGUACAGGGGAGAAGCCGAAGUCUCUCCCUGAGCCAGCCUGGGCCAUAAAGGCUUUCACAGGACUUUGUGAGCAUGGAGAGCGUGUCGUGCCUGUGGCUGCUGCUUCUGCCGCUGCUGCGCCUCUCUGCAGCAGCCACAGCGGAUCCCUGCGAGCUGGAUGAUGAAGACGUCCGCUGCGCUUGCAACUUCACCGAUCCGCAGCCGGACUGGUCCAGCGCCCUUCAGUGCGUGUCUGCGCUCCAGGUGGAGAUUCGCGGCGGCGGCCGCAGCCUGGAGGAGUUUCUAAGCCGUGUGGACCCCGAGGCCGACCCGCGGCAGUACCUUGAUGUAGUCAGAGCCCUGCGCGUGCGGCGCCUGACUCUCGGGGCCGCACGGGUGCCUGCCCCGCUGCUGGCCGGCGCCCUGCGUGUGCUAGGCUUUUCCCGCCUCAAGGAACUGACGCUGGAGGACCUAGAGGUAACGGGCACCGCGCCCCCGGGGCUGCUGGGGGCCACCGGGCCUGAGCUCACCACCUUGAGCCUCCGCAACGUGUCUUGGGCAUCCGGAGGUACCUGGCUAGCCAAAUUGCAGCAGUGGCUCAAACCCGGCCUCAAAGUACUGAACAUAGCCCAAGCACACUCGCUAGCCUUUUCCUGCGAUCAGGUCCGCAUCUUCUCGGCCCUGACCACCCUGGACCUGUCUGACAAUCCCGCUCUGGGUGAGCGUGGAUUGCUUUCGGCCCUCUGCCCUCACAAGUUCCCGGCACUGCAGAGUUUAGCGUUGCGCAAUGCGGGGAUGCAGACGCCCGCUGGCGUGUGCGCGGCGCUGGCCAGCGCGGGGGUGCAGCCCAGCCACCUAGACCUCAGCCACAACCCGCUGCGCGCUACGGCAGACCCUACUUCUUCCGAGUGUGUGUGGCCCGCCAAGCUCAGCUCUCUCAACCUGUCGUCUGCUGGACUGAAGCAGGUGCCUAAGGGACUGCCGGCCAAGCUUCGCGUGCUUGAUCUCAGUUGCAACCAGCUAAAUAGGGCGCCUCUACCAGAGGAGCUCCCCACGGUGGGUAAUCUGUCACUGCACGGAAAUCCCUUCCUAGCGCCUGGAGCUUUCGAACCCCAAGAGGACAGCGAGAACUCCGGCGUGGUCCCGGCCUGUGCACAUUCAUCCCUGGCGGUGGGGAUGUCUGGGACGCUGGCUCUGCUCCAAGGAGCCCGGAGAUUUGCCUAAGGCUGCAGGAGAAGAAUGAAUGGGCUUAGUUUCCCCAAGUUUCCCCGAGGGCUUUCAGAACAAUCGCAUUCCUUGACUAGUCAAAAAGAUGCACUAGCUUUAUUAAAACCUUAAACCACAGGUCCAUGUCGUUCACUCAACAAACCUUUACUGGGUGUCAGUUGUGUGAGUUGAUAUGGCUGUCUGCACAGUGUCAGGUGGAAAAGUGUCAGGUGGGGAAUCCACUAGAAACCCGUCCUGCCCUUCCCAGGAGAAGAAUUUCAGAGACAUUUCUCAACAGAAUUGUAGCAUGAAAGAAACAACAAUGUCUGCGGGGAGAGGGGGGAGGGACUUUCCAAACUGGCACAAAAUACCAAAUAUUUCCUCUUCCAUGCAGUCUCUAAGAGCCAAAGAUAAUAAACCCGAGUCAUUUGUUUGUUUUA